GUAAGUGCUGAAUUGUUCUUGCAGCUAUGCAAAUACGAAUAUUAAUGGAGCUGGAACGAGUGGGGCCUUUGCUGGUGGCUGUGUUGGUGGCCGUGUGCUACAGCAAUUCUUUGAGCUGCGGGUUGGCUUACGACGACAUUGCUGCAGUGAGAGAUAAUAGGGAUAUAAGACCUCACACACCUAUAACUAACAUCUUCUUCAAUGACUUCUGGGGAAUGCCUCUCAGGAAGGAAGGCAGCCAUAAAUCGUAUCGGCCGCUCACAGUUCUGAGUUUUCGAGCGAAUUACGCCGUCCACGGCCUCAAGCCCUUCGGUUACCACCUCGUCAACGUCCUGCUCCAUGGUAUCGUCUGCCUCCUCUUCUACAGAUUGUGCCUCCAUUUUUCAUCGGGAACGAGUAGUUUCGUAUCGUCUGCUCUCUUUGCCGUCCACCCCGUUCACACAGAGGCCGUGAGCGGGGUGGUAGGUCGAGCUGAAUUGUUGUCUGCUGCUGCCUUCCUCUGUGCCUUAUUGUACUAUCUACAAGCCAGAUAUCAACACAAAACAAGUGCUUGGCAAGAAUGCGGCAUCACAUCCGUGUUAGCAAUUUUAGGACUACUCUGUAAAGAACAAGCUCUCACAGUGCUGGCCAUCUGCUGUAUUUAUGAACUCGUUAGUCCUAAG